AUGGAUACCGAUGCAUCUGACUACUACACAGAAGAAGAACAAGAAGAAGGAAAGACCCCAAAGGGUCCCUACCUGGAAUUCCUGAAAUGUAAUAAAUUUACAUACUUUACACCAGAAACCUCAACAACAAAGGUUGCUGAGAACAACUAUAUACAAGAAUCCUUACCAGAAGACAAUACUUCCAAAACUUAUGCCUCCGUGGCAGCUUCCUACAAAACUAACUUGCCGUACUUCAGCUAG